GUGGUAUACGCAUUUCCAUUUGUUUGAUAAUUGCCUGCAACAGACGUGCAUAAUACGAUGCUGUAGCUCAAACUUGUUGUGAUGGAUGCUAUUUCGAACUAAUUAUGUUGGGUCUUUAUUUUUUCAUAAUCCUUUCCUUUGGAGUUUACAGGACCGUAUCUUUUUUUGAAUCAAGCACUCCAGGAUCUGAUUUUAACCUAGCUCCAGCAUCGCCUAGAGUAAAAAAUGGCGGCACGUUGUAUUUCGUGUGCACAGUGAAAACAACCCCCAGACCUGCUAUCUGGUUCAUUCUAAAGGAAGCCGUUGUCAAACAGGACGGUCAUGGCUACAAACUGUUUCAGAAUCCCCUAGGGUCGGUGCUGCGUAUUUCGCCCGUAACGUAUGCGGAGUACAACGACCAAGAUGUCUUGUGCACUGCGCGAUUCUCGGCGACAAAGAUACGAUACAGAAGGACACGGAUAAGAGUAUAUGAAAAUGGAACAUUACCACUGGACUACCCGGCCAUUACCAGGCAACCAGCUUCCACUAAUCUUCGGAUAGGACAGGCAUAUCAUACAUUGAGCUGUGAGGCCACUGGGCACCCACGGCCCAAUAUCCACUGGAUGAAGGACCAUGUUCCCGUAGAUGAUAGUAAUCCGUGGAUGGAUGUACUUCCAGAUGGUUCCCUCAAAUUGCACGGUAUUGAUCAAAGCAUGAACGGAAUAUAUGAAUGUGCAGCGGAAAACACGGCAGGGAUAGUGUUCUCUGACCCGGCCUUUCUAAAUGUAUCACGCCAAGAUGUAAAUAUGAUCCUACCAGCGGCCCCGACUAACCUGACAGCCGCCGAGAUCACCCCGAACACAAUCAGACUUACAUGGGAUGCCCCUGAAGAGACCUACACCGGCACACUUGUCAGCUACGAGUUGUUCGUCUUUGAGAACUUUACCAAAUCACGGUCUCGGGCGACGAUUGUGACUGGGCCGAAUCCGGAGUACACACUGAGGGACCUCACCGAGGGUACGGUUCAUAAGAUCCAGGUGGCCGCAAGGACCACGCACGGAAUGGGGCAACGGACGGACACACUUAUGGUCAAGACGGAAGAAUAUGUUCCUGGAAGGGCGCUGUAUGUCCACGUCCAUAUCAUCAACUCUACCGCGAUAAGGAUCGGCUGGAGCCGUCCGCGUUCUGAAGAUGGGAGAACGAGUGGUAUAAUUCGUGCCUAUGUGGUUGAAACCAAAGGUCUUGAUGACGAUGGCAAGCCCACUGGAUUCAACACUCGAACCAGGAUACCUGAUGAAACAGAGUUGACGGUAACGGGCUUGGAGGCUUCCUCGGUCUACUCGGUUAGAAUCUGGGGAGUUACGAGAAAGAGGGCUGGGAAUCCUAGUGCACCAAUGAAAGUGAAAACGUUCCGAUCAGCAAACACUCCUCCAAGAAACCUAACAAUGAUGGCUAUAGAUGACACGACAGUCCAAUUAAACUGGGCGCCCCCAAGUCGACUCAAAGAGCGUAUCAUCACCCACGAGAUCAUGUAUUACCCGCGUGUUCACCCAAGUAAAGACCAGGUCGUUAAGGCUACCGCUCUGUUUAGAAGUGCGGUUGUUCAUGACCUCAAGCCUAACACGGACUAUGUGUUUCAGAUUCGGGGAGUAACGUUGAAGGGUCUGACUGAUUGGAGCAGGAAGUUGGUGUUCAGGUCGUAUGGACGAAAACCGGAUCCGCCCUUAAAUAUCAAAAUCUCCCGGCUGACCUACUGGUCCCUUGGCGUGAGUUGGGAUCCCCCGGAUUAUCCCGUUUCUGCCUACAAGAUCUAUUACCAUCGACUAAGGAACUUCAACUUGACAACUGAUAGUGCUGACGAUCAUCAGGGACACACAUGGUCAUCGAUAGAGGUGCAAGGCGCUACCAGUGCAGUUAUCCACCGGUUGGAGGAACAUCUUCCCUACGCCAUUAAGAUACAGUCUCAAGCUCCAGAUGGCACGUACGGACCGGUUUCCCAAACUGUGGUGGCUGGGGCUGAACUCGCAGUUCUGAAUGAGAUGGUCCAAGAUCUGAUCGUGAAGAACACGACAUCUAACAUAACCAGAGUUGUCAUAGUUCCGCCCAUUUCCGAGGGCUUCAAGAAUUACACGCUUGCAUAUUCUGGAUACCUUAAGUUUCGUAAUGAAUAUGAUCACCUAGAGGAGAUCCAUGAUGGCCCAUUCCAUGAAGUCCUGUCACGCAACGUCACCGAGUUUACCAUCAAAAACUUACGACCGAAUGCCCUGUAUGACAUCAAUGUUACUGUCAAUUACCUCACGCAUAAUAGCAGCGUGUUUGCCAUUCACAUCAAAACAGACGUAGCAGCCCCGAUUGUGAAAGGUCAACCACAUACCAAGAAUUUCGACGACGUAACUAGAACCAUAGAAGUGGAGUUCCCCGUCGUCUCCGCCAAGAACGGCAAAAUCAGUCACAUGUUCCUGAUAGUGGUGCCCUCCUACCUGUCUCAGACACUCCUAUCGGAGCAUAUCGACACAACACACCCUGACAAAUUGAUUGAUAUUCCCGAUAACUUCGAGGGUCGCAUGAUGAAGCCUUAUGUGGCUGCAAGCUUCAAGAAGAGACCGGAUGAAUUUGUUCUUGGCGAUGGAAAGACGUACGGAGGCUUUAAGAACAAACCAAUAAAAGGCGCACCUGAAUAUGUAGUAUUUGUAAGGGUGUUCUCUCUACAUAAGAAUCUGUGGUCAGACAGCCCAUACUCUUAUCUUUUCAACGUCAACCCAAAUGGAAAUGACGGGAAGGAUAAUGGGGAAAGCAAAAGGACCGGUGUCUACAUAUUCCUGCUGAUCUGCGUAAACCUGUCAAUUUUCAUAUGCUGCGGAAUGCGGAGUGCAUCUUCGGGGUCCAGUAAUAAGCAACCCCUUUGUGUAAUGGGCCAGCCGCCAUUUGAUGUUGCAUGUCUGCGGAAGAAGCAGCACCACGAGAGCGCGGAGUCUUUGACGGAGAAGGAUGAACUGAAUGCUUCAAAUGUUUAACACGAUUAACAUAACCGGGAACCAUAGAAUUUUGUACAUGCAAGAUCAGCGGACUCAUAUACUUGUAUGAUUGCUACAUUUUUCUCUGUUAUCUUCACUCUUUGUAAGCACUAUCAAUAGACACUCAAUAAAGAUAUACAUGUGUCCACGUAAA